CUUUCAUACAACCCCCUCGGCCAAGUGAAGGCCUGGACAUGGUAGCUUGUUCUCUUUUCUCAGAGAUGCAGGAAGCUUCUUGCCCCUAACUUUUUAAAGACCUUUUUGAAUUGGACUGCAAUUAAUCAACACCCGUAUGAGGCAACACAUUUUUCUGUAUUUUUAAAAAUAAUCAUAGUACACAGGUUUUCUGUUGAUUACUUUUUAGACGGCUUCAUCUAUUUUGUUUUUCAGGAUAGUUUUUAUCACAUUUGUCCCCAUUCUGUUUCACUUUUAGCCCCAAUGUCCUUUUGCUUUACCCCGACCUUUUACCAAAGGUCAGCCCCUUCCCAUUCAGGAAGAAAGGCUGGAAUUAUUUUUUAAUUGAAACAUUUGAUCUAUAUUGUCAUUUUUGAACCUCAGCCCAUGCAUUUUCAUAUAGAUUUUGGAGGGAAAAUGCUGGCUCGGUCUUUGAAGAAUAUAUGAACUGAUGAGAAGCUAGUUUAUUUUUGCAGUGCAAAAGAUAAGAUGGUUUCUAACCUAACCACUACACUCCAUUAUUUAUCAAGUGUCCAAUGACAAGCUUUUGGUCUCCGCUUGCUGCCAGUACAGUUGCUGCCAGUGUGGGUUACACUCCCCUUUGUCAUUAAAGACUAUAUAACGGGGCUCCCAGGGUUGGGUCAAAUCUGGAGAUAUGGAGUAGUCUCAGUGGUUACAGGCCAUCUUAUUUCGUGCUAGAGGGGGGUAAAGGAGUGGGGAGGAGCAUCAGGGAGUCACAAGCUCCCCUGUUCUGUCGCUCCACCCCCCGCGCGCUUGCUAAGGAUUGGUGGAGUGUGCACGCUGAGAGCUGCCUUCCUGACCCUAUGCCCGUUCAGUGCUGAAGCACACCUCAACCGUGCUUUUCAUGCACACAUGCAUGAGUUCUUCUUUUUGACUAUGGUUGAUAAUGAAAGUUGUACCCAGCUGGCUGUUUAUUCUGAUAUCCACUGCUGUUGAAUAGUGUGUUAAACUGUGUGGGUUUAAGAGAGCUCAUUCUCAAGAGCCUUAAAAUGGUUCAAGUGUUGUCAGGCAGACAGCUCACAAUCUGUACUCCACCACCUGCGCCAGAUGCUGGGUUAGAAAGACAGGCCCGCGCAGCAACAGCGAUGACUUCUUUAUUUCAGAGCUUUCGGAGGCUUCUAGAUACCAAUAAUUGCACCACAGACUUUUCUCCCCACCCAUUGGCCAGGAUUCAAGAAAGCAGGCCAGGAUAAAGAAAUCCAAGAUUUGAAAAUAUUUCAUGAAAAUGCUAAAAGAUCGAAAGAAAAUGAUUAAUUCUUCUUCCCUUUUCCUUCGAAUAUGUAAUACUAUUCCCAAUGAAAUGGGAUCAGUUCAUUUGGCCAAGAUCAAGCCAGUAACUGCCCUCCUGUAGUUUGAUAUGAAAACUGAAUUGAUGGACAGCUGGAAACUGUAUUACCUAAACCUAUAUUUUACUGAUAAACUGAACAUAUCAAAGCCUUUCUUCCCUCCCAGUCACCCUUAAAGCAUUUUUAUUUUUAUUUUCUUUGAAAUGAAACAUUCAUUGCAUGAAUGAAGUAUAGUCUAUGUUGUGAUUUUGGAAGAACCUGUUUUAUUUCCAUAUUAAAAAGAAUGUAUUGUUUAAAGACUUUUACUAACGAUCUUGUUUUCUGAUUUUGUCUCUUUUGGUUUUUCCACAACUGAUAUUGUUAUUUAGAAGGUUUCAGGUGGGUGACACUAUUCCUGCGUAGGUGCCUGGCGGAAAGGAACACUAGGGCAGCCUCAGUCCUCUCCUCUUCUUCCAGCCAGCUGCGGCCGCCACUCUGACAAAGUCCAAAAAUAUGGCUUGUUACCUGAAAGCCAUUGAGACUCAGCCCAACUUUGCAGUAGCUUGGAGCAACCUGGGCUGUGUGUUCAAUGCCCAAGGAGAGAUAUGGCUAGCCAUACACCAUUUUGAAAAGGCAGUGACUCUGGACCCAAAUUUCCUUGACGCAUACAUCAAUUUAGGAAAUGUUUUGAAGGAAGCCCGCAUCUUUGACCGAGCUGUGGCUGGAUACCUAAGAGCCCUGAGUCUUAGCCCCAACCAUGCGGUUGUCCAUGGAAACCUGGCCUGUGUCUACUACGAGCAAGGCCUCAUUGACCUGGCUAUCGACACCUACCGUCGUGCUAUUGAAUUGCAGCCCCACUUCCCCGAUGCCUACUGCAAUUUGGCAAAUGCCCUGAAAGAGAAAGGCAAUGUGUCUGAAGCAGAAGAGUGCUACAACACAGCCUUGCGUUUGUGUCCAACCCAUGCAGACUCUCUUAACAACUUGGCCAACAUAAAGCGUGAGCAGGGCAACAUUGAGGAGGCCGUCCAGCUCUAUAGGAAAGCACUAGAGGUGUUUCCGGAGUUUGCAGCAGCUCACUCUAACCUUGCGAGUGUCCUGCAGCAACAGGGAAAACUCCAGGAGGCCCUUAUGCACUACAAGGAGGCCAUCAGAAUCAGCCCCACAUUUGCUGAUGCCUACUCAAACAUGGGCAAUACACUGAAGGAAAUGCAAGAUGUACAGGGAGCACUGCAAUGCUACACCCGUGCCAUCCAGAUCAACCCUGCCUUUGCUGAUGCUCACAGCAAUUUGGCCUCUAUCCACAAGGAUUCUGGAAACAUCCCAGAGGCCAUUGCAUCUUACCGCACAGCCUUGAAACUCAAGCCGGACUUCCCUGAUGCUUACUGCAAUUUGGCACAUUGCCUACAGAUUGUGUGUGACUGGACAGAUUAUGAUGAGCGGAUGAAGAAGCUUGUGAGCAUUGUGGCUGACCAGCUGGAUAAGAACCGCUUGCCUUCAGUGCACCCACACCACAGCAUGCUGUAUCCACUCUCUCACGGAUUCCGCAAAGCCAUUGCUGAACGCCACGGAAACCUUUGCCUGGACAAGGUACACGCACUGAUCAAAAUCAAUGCACUGCACAAACCUGCUUUUGAGCAUCCAAAGGAUCUGAAGGCCAGCGGUGGACGUCUGCGUGUUGGCUACGUCAGCUCUGACUUUGGCAACCAUCCUACUUCCCAUCUGAUGCAGUCCAUUCCUGGAAUGCACAAUCCUGAGAAAUUUGAGGUUUUCUGCUAUGCGCUGAGCCCUGAUGAUAGUACCAACUUCCGUGUGAAAGUGGUAGCAGAGGCUCAUCAUUUCACAGACCUAUCACAGAUUCCUUGCAAUGGCAAGGCAGCUGAUCGUAUUCAUCAGGAUGGAGUCCACAUUCUGGUCAACAUGAACGGAUACACCAAGGGAGCCCGAAAUGAGCUGUUUGCCCUCCGCCCUGCCCCCAUUCAGACUAUGUGGCUGGGUUACCCUGGAACCAGUGGGGCUCCCUUCAUGGACUACAUAAUCUCUGACAAGGAGACAUCCCCUUUGGAAGUAGCUGAGCAGUAUUCUGAAAAACUGGCUUACAUGCCCCAUACUUUCUUUAUCGGAGACCACGCCAACAUGUUCCCUCACCUCAAGAAAAAGGCGGUGAUUGAUUUCAAAUCUAAUGGACAUAUCUUUGACAACCGCAUCGUGCUUAAUGGUAUUGAUCUGAAGGCCUACUUGGACAGUCUGCCAGAUGUGAAAGUGAUAAAGAUGAAGUGUGACAACAACCAGGAAGCUGCUGGGGACACAAAUGGAGCUCUGUCCAUGCCCGUAAUCCCCAUGAACACAGCAGCCGAAGCCAUCAUCAACAUGAUCAACCAAGGCCAAAUCCAGGUCACAAUCAAUGGCUUCACUGUCAGCAAUGGCCUGGCCACCACACAGAUCAACAACAAAGCUGCCACUGGGGAAGAGGUGCCACGCACAAUCGUUGUGACAACCCGCUCCCAGUAUGGUCUCCCAGAGGACUCCAUUGUCUACUGCAACUUUAACCAGCUCUACAAGAUUGACCCCCCUACUCUUCAGAUGUGGGCUAAUAUCCUAAAGCGUGUGCCCAACAGCGUUCUGUGGCUUCUUCGCUUCCCUGCUGUCGGCGAGCCCAACAUCCAGCAGUAUGCCCAGAACAUGGGUGUACCUGGCUCUCGCAUCAUCUUUUCUCCUGUGGCCCCCAAGGAGGAGCAUGUGAGAAGGGGCCAGCUGGCUGAUGUGUGCCUCGACACACCUCUGUGCAAUGGUCACACAACAGGCAUGGAUGUUCUCUGGGCUGGAACACCCAUGGUCACCAUGCCAGGUGAGACCCUUGCCUCCCGCGUGGCUGCCUCACAACUCAACUGUCUGGGCUGCCCUGAGCUAAUAGCCCAGAGUCGUCAGGAUUAUGAGGACAUAGCAGUCAAACUGGGCUCUGACAUGGAAUACCUGAAGAUGGUUAGAGCAUGUGUUUGGAAGCAGCGAAUCUGCAGCCCUCUUUUCAACACCAAGCAGUACACAAUUGAUCUGGAGAGGCUCUAUCUGCAGAUGUGGGAGCACUAUAGCAAUGGCAAAAAGCCAGAACCCCUGGUCAAAAUCCACUCGGUAGAGACCAGCGAGAGUGCCUGAACAGGAAGCACGAUGAUUUAUUUUCCCUUGGACCCCAAACAUUCCCCCAUCCCCUUUUUUUUUUUUUUUUUUUUUUUUUUUCUUUUUACCAUUGUCAGCACCCCUGCUUGGAAUGGUCGGUGUCCACUCCAGCCCGCUCCUUCAAUGAUUGUCUCCAUCACACUCAUUUACUAAUAAUGGGACUCUUUUGUAAAAGAGCCAACAGAUGUACACAUCCCUCCCCCCCUCACAUCCGUUGUUUCAUCACACCUCUGCAUUCCUGAGCCAGAUGGAGCCUGAGACUUUCAGGCACCUCAUCUGAGACUCUUGUCCUAAAACACAGUAUAUCUGGUGAGGGUGAGAGGAUUGUGAAUGCCCUGCUACCCCUUCAGUACUUUGAUCCAUGGAUUUCUUUUUUUGUCUCCUGUCGGUGUGCGUGCAGGACUAACUGCAGCUUGUAGAGAAUGCCCAGCCGUCAGAACUUGUUGAUCUAUUUAUAAAUGGAUUGAGAGUGUUGUGUUUCAAAAGGACAAUGUUGCGGCAUGGAAAUGGUAACUGACUUAAGUUUCAUCAGCUUUAAAAUGCAAUUGUAAAACUUAGAUUUCAACUGCUCUUUAGUUUGUCUUAAGCUGUUAUUAAAUUACUGCGAUGAAUAGAUGUUAAAGUUUUGAGGAAUAUGGUCUAGAUGAAUACUUCUUCCAACGCCAGAUGCCAACUUUUAUUAAUUUUGUGGUCAAUUAAGGAAUAUGUUCAGUGGCUGCUGUCCUGUUUGAUGUCACACAUUGCUUGCAAAGAUGAUUAGACAAAACUGGACAAAGGAGCUUCAAUUCAUUGGAAAUGGCCUAAUUUUCAGUUUAGAUGAAGGAGCUGUUCACAAAUUGAUCUUGUUUUUAAUCACUCAAACGAGGAAUGGCCUAGGUAAGUAUUUUCUAAGGGUUUUUUGUUUUUGUAUUGUCUGUCAACUGCUUUCAAUGAUGCCGCGAGGUUCUAAAUAUAAUUUAAAAAAAAUAAAGGGAUGGCAAAACUCUGUAUUGUCUAUUGCACUCACUUGAUUCAGUUGUUGGUAGAAACAAAUUUAGACAACGAGCAUAGAUUACUGUGUGCAUGUGGCAGCAAUCUAAAACAAAUUACAAUUUUUUUUUUUUUUUUUUUUUUUUUAUUGUUUUGGUCCAUUCUAAUAAAGAUCAAUCUGGUAUGCCUAACGCUGUUGGUCACCAUAGUGGGUUGCCAGCUGUGUUAUCCAUGGUGACCGAGGUACUUCAACUGCUGUUUGUUUUUACUCUCAAACAUGUUGGUAGUCAGUAAAAUAGAAAAGACCACUGAUGGAGCAUGUGUAUUCAUAUAAUAUAGAAAUAUCACAAUGCCAAAGUUAUGAAUAAAAGUCCUGUGUCCAAAAUUUAA